CACGUGCCUUCAGAGCUAGGCUCUCUAUAAAAGCCCUUGUUCUAAUCCCGCCUUCCUUCCUGCAAAAACCCUAACCCUAACAUUUCCUCGCCGCCUUCGUCGGGAUGCCGCCGAAGUUCGAUCCCACGCAGGUUGUUGAUGUCUACGUCCGGGUCACCGGCGGUGAGGUCGGCGCUGCUAGUUCCCUUGCCCCGAAGAUCGGCCCACUUGGGCUGUCACCCAAGAAGAUCGGCGAAGAUAUCGCCAAGGAGACGGCUAAGGAUUGGAAGGGCCUCCGUGUCACCGUGAAGCUCACAGUCCAGAACCGCCAGGCCAAGGUGUCCGUCGUUCCCUCCGCCGCCGCCCUCGUCAUCAAGGCCCUCAAGGAGCCGGAGCGCGAUCGGAAAAAGACCAAGAACAUCAAGCACUCGGGAAACAUCUCUCUUGACGAUGUUAUCGAGAUCGCUCGGAUCAUGAGCCCCAGGUCCAUGGCAAAGGAUCUUUCGGGCACCAUUAAGGAAAUUCUCGGUACCUGCGUCUCCGUUGGAUGCACUGUGGAUGGCAAGGAUCCCAAGGACCUCCAGACUGAGAUCACCGAAGGUGAUGUAGAAGUCCCGCUUGAGUGAGCUCUCUGUCUACUUUCUUUUAUCUGUCAUCAUUUACAUUUUGGUAGUAGUGCUGGAUUCUGUGGAGGAUUUUGUUCGAAAGAAGUUGAGUAAUUAGCCUAGUUUUUUUUUAACCCUAUGGUACCAUUGUUCUGAGACAUGGCUUCAGAGUGCCUUGAUAUAAUUAUCUGUGAGACUUAUGGUGUUUUGUCUAAAAAGCUUGUCUUUA